AUGUCUACAACAGAAGCCACAAAUGUAUCAGAGGUGCAGGUCGCCGAAGAGGACCCUUCAUACCUUCUUGAUCCAUCACGCACUGGAAAGAAUCACAUCUCUCGAGAAGAAGGUGGAACGAUUAGAGAACCUCACAUCCGAAUUCUACGGAAGCGAAGACGAAAAGGAAAACUCUCUAGACCAGCUUCCACGAGAAGUACAGAUAUGGACAACGGAAAACAGCCGGAUGAUGUCAACCAAGAAUCUUUGGAUGUGAUAGAGUGUUACAUAAGGUACAGAGACAUUAACGGAAUGAUCAAAAUCGAACCAAGAGAUCCAAGCCUUGCCAUAGGCUCAGAUGACUCGCAUGCCAAACGCUCUACAACUUGGUUAACACUUACUGAAAAUGCUAACGACAAGACAAAUGCGGGGCUGGAAUCGAACCCUUGGACGAUUUCAAUCGCCGACCAAGAAGUACUAAACUUGCUGAAGGAGACCUUGAAGGAUUAUAUUGAACAUACAGGAAAACGAAAAUGGGAUAAUAAAGUUGUCCGUCUACCAGAGGUGUGGAAUCCAAUUGUUAUCAAUUGGAGAAGAAUCCUUGAAAAACAGAGUUCAUUACCUGCAGAGACAGAUGAGAGGCUUCGCCGCCGAUUCAACAUACUCUUGGAUAUGCAUCAGAAAAUACAUCCUAGUUUAGUUAGGUUUCAAGCGUCCAGGGAUACUUACACGACCAUCAGAUUCACUGACCUGGGUGGUUUGAUCAUACCAGGGAGUUUAGUUGUCACAAAUUGGUUAAAUUUGGAGUUUCGAGAGGCGCAUGAAGCACCACAGGUGUUCAAGGUUAGUCAGCUUCAUUAUGGAUCACCGACUGGCCCAUUUAUGUUCACCGCAUGGCUAUGGGACUGGAAUGGAAGGUCUCUGGUUCGCACUAUGUAUACUUUUACUAUUCCACCCUUUGACGACUACUGGGCAAUUCUACGCCUGCCGAUAUAUCCCGUUGAUUUCUUCGUCCACGGAGGAAAGCAGGGUAUUGAUGCAAUUCGAUCGCAUGAGCAAUAUACCACACACAAAGAUGGUCAAGCAAUAUUCAAUCGUAGGAGACUGUUUCGGAAAUAUACAAUUGACCAUCGGAGAGCCGGACCCGUAUUGAGGUACUGUGGUGAUAUCAUCAAGUUACAACAAUUAGAUAAAAAGCCGGUGCUUGUCAAGAUAGACGAAGAAAUAGUUCUGGAUACAGAGAAUUAUGUCAGAAGAACUGGAUCACGAUUCUUGGCAGAAAUUCCCCAGUCUCUUUCUCAAAUUUGCCAUUGCUCUUUGUGCGAGGAUGAUACUACUACCUCUUGGCGUAGGGCUAUGAUGAAAGAUUGUCCUCUUGAAGAUAAUGUCAAUGACUUGCUGUUGGCACCUCGAGUUUUUGGAUAUGCGUUGACUCGAAAGACUUGGUGCCAAUUUGCACUCGACAAGAUCGUAGUCCAGGACUUCAGUACAAAUACGGGGGACGAGAUUUACGAAAAGCUUGUACUCCCUGAGAAUAUGACGAAAGAUGAGCUUGGAGAUAUUCAACAAUUGGUGACCAAGCAUAGUCUCAUCUUACUCUUUCAUGGCCACAGUGGGACAGGUAAGACCAUAUUCGCUGAAUCCUUAGCGAAGGCCUCCAGCAAAGCUUUGUUUAAAGUUGGCAUGAGCGAUAUCGGGUUAGACAAUCUCGGUACAGCAGAAAGAAGGCUAAAGGAAAUAUUCGAGCUUGCAACAACUUGGAACGUUGUACUUCUGAUGAGAGAAAAGUUGCAAAAAUAUUUGAAAAUAGGACUAAUGAUAUACAUUAGAGAUGAGGCAGACUUCUUGCUAGAUGCAAGGGGUGAUAUGAAUGAAGGUACUCUUGUGAAGAAUGCACUGGUAUCUAUGCUUCUUCGCGAGGUCGAGUAUUUCAAAGGCAUUUUGAUAAUGACUACGAAUCGAGUCACAGCUUUUGAUCCAGCCAUCUUAUCUCGGAUUCACCAUGCCGUCAACUUCACACAAUUUACAGCAGCCCAAAAAAAUGAAAUCUGGCAGCUGUGGCUAACAGAAUUGGAAAAACAUGGGCUGUGCUCGGACAGCCAUGCAAUCAAGCAAUGGGUGAACAAAAAGAAACCUAAAAACUUGGGUCAGCCACUGAAUGGACGGGAGAUUCGUAAUAUAUUCAUCUGUGCCCAGACGUUCGCGUUCGAAAGGACUGGAAAAGAUAACAAGGUUUCCCUCGAGGAUAUCGAACGAGCGACCAGCUACAAGUAUGAUUUCCGCAGAGAUACGGAGGCGCAGAGGGCGAAAGCAGAUGUUAUGCACGCAAACAGAUAA